AUGACGCCGAUCCCGACGCUGUGGUCGCUCCAGGCGCAGGCGGCGACCCGCGAGGUGCGCCGCCGUGCGCCACGUCACGCAGCGGACGCGACCGACGCCUAUUCGUCAGACGAUGAGGCAGAGCAAGGGCCGGUCGCCGGCGACGAGGCCGCGUGGCCGCCAGGCACGUCGCACCGUCCUGGCGCGCUGCCCAGCGAUGUGUCGGCGCUCGCUGAGCAGGCCGAGGACCGUCGGUGGCUCCCCUCGACAAAUGUGGUCGCGCGUGCUGGGUCCACACAGCACACCGCCGAGGUGGCCGCGCGGCAGCGCAUCGAGCAGGAGGCGCGCCGCUCAGCCCGUGCCGAGCAUCUGCCGUGGCGUGGACAGGCCGCCGAGGACGCGCGCCUCCUGCGCGUACUCAAAGGCCUCCCGCCGCUCGGCAGCACGGCGGAUGCGGACCAGCUGAGUGACUGGGAAGACACGCUCGAGAACGCUAAGCUUGAGCACGUGCGCUUCGGCGAGCGCGAUAUUGUGCAGAUCGGCCGCCGGCGCACACUCGCCGAGGAGGAGCUAAGCCACAUGGACGACGAUGUGCCGCCUGCGCUCGACCUGCUUGGCACGGACGCGCCGGCUCUGCUGGCCCCCGUCGCGUGGGAUGGGAGCACGAGCGCCGAGCUCGACGCGGAUAUUACGCCCGGGUCCCUCGCAUCACUCUCGCAUACGAGCCUGCCUGUGCGUGUGCGCGCACGUCCGCACCUGAUGGGGCCGCCCGACUCGCUGAGCGCGAGUCCCGCAGGGCCCAGAGCGCCGGCGCUCUGGGCUGCCGAAGGCCGCGCCGAAUCCAUGUACAUGGACGGCGACUUGGACGGCGACCUGGACGACAUGGAUACAUCGCGUAGCAGCUAUAUACCCUUUUAG